GGUUCGGUUCCUAUCAUUCCGGUCCACUGGUUCCGCUCACUCCUCCACCCGCCGUCGCCGAGGUACGAAGACGCAGAGCGACUUCGUCCGGGAAUCAGAAUACCGUUUGGCUUUCCACUGUUAGGGCUUCAUCACCAGAAAUGAAAAUCGGCAUUUCUGGUGAAUUUUCUCCGGCAGGAAUGAACUGAAGAGAUCGAUCUUCCUCGCCGCUUGUCUCUCCGAUCUAGGGGCCGCCGGGAACGGGAGAGAUGGAAACGAUCGCCCGCCCUCUCGCUCUCCUGGUGGUUUUCUUUCUCUUCCUCCGAUCGGGAUCUUCUGCGCGGAAUCCGCAAUCCGAAGAGGCCUACGUUACUCUCCUGUACGGUGACGAGUUCGUGCUGGGCGUUCGCGUCCUCGGGAAGUCCAUCCGUGACACGGGGGCAACGAAGGACAUGGUUGUGCUCGUCUCUGACGGCGUAUCCGAUUACGCGAAGGAGCUCCUCAGGGCUGAUGGCUGGAUUAUUGAGCCUAUAAGUUUACUGGCUAAUCCAAAUGUGCAUAGGCCAAAAAGAUUUUGGGGGGUUUACACGAAACUGAAAAUAUUCAACUUGACAAAGUAUAAGAAAGUUGUGUACCUUGAUGCCGAUACCAUUGUAAUCAAAAGUGUUGAAGAUCUUUUCAGAUGUGGAAAAUUUUGUGCAAAUUUGAAGCAUUCAGAGAGGUUGAAUUCUGGUGUACUGGUAGUGGAGCCCUCAGAAACUCUCUAUAGGGACAUGAUGAGCAAAGUGAACACAUUGCCUUCUUAUACUGGAGGAGACCAGGGAUUCCUGAAUUCCUACUAUACUGGUUUUGCUAAUGCACACAUUUUUGAGCCGAACGCUUCACUAGAUGGGGAACCUGAAAUGCAGCGUCUUUCAACUCUAUAUAAUGCAGAUGUUGGGUUGUAUAUGCUUGCAAAUAAGUGGAUGGUUGAUGAGAGGGAACUGAGAAUUAUUCACUAUACUCUUGGCCCUCUUAAGCCGUGGGAUUGGUGGACUGCAUGGCUCUUGAAACCAGUUGAUGUUUGGCAGGAAGUCCGAAUACAGCUCAAGGAAUCACUUCCAGGAACAGGAGGUGGCGGACACCCUAUGCAGCAGCUUUUUGUCAAAGUUCUGUUUGUUCUUCCACUUAUUGCCCUUGUUUUUUUCUAUUAUCGGUCUUAUUGUCAGGUUCGUAAGGAAAUGGUUGGAACAUAUCGUUCUAGCUCUCUGCUCAAUUGUAUGAGAAAUAUUUUCUCUAAGUGUAAGAUUGGGAAUGGCUAUUCCGCUGUUGGGGUUACAUCGUCACCUGGUGUUGGAUCAGGUCAACAGUUUUCAAGUAGUACACAUUUAAAAGUGCCCUCCUUUCUGGGUAGCAUCUCUAUCUUCGUCUGCUUCGGGACCUGUAUACUGUCUCUUGGUUUAGGAUUGCUGAUAGUGCCACGGCAAGUAAUGCCAUGGACGGGUUUGCUACUACUCUACGAAUGGACAUUCACACUGUUCUUUGUCAUGUUCGGAAGCUAUCUGUAUAUCAUUUGUGAAUUGGGAAAGGAAUCUUCCUCUUCUGGAAUAGCUUUUUCUGUUCGUUCAGACUAUCCUGACUGGAAUUCAGUGAAGGGUAAUCUGCCUCAGCCAUCUAGCUGUGAUAAGCCUGUAGCAUUCUAUUGGAUAGGAAUGGCACUUCUUGCAAUUGUUGCCCCGUCCUUACCUUGCCUCUUUGGAAUCACCGCCCUCUUCUUAAGGUUGGGGUUGAUGGUUGCUGGUGGUAUGGUUUUAGUGGCAUUUAUGACAUAUGCCUCAGAGCAUCUUGCAAUCAUCGCAUAUACAAGAGGCCGCGAUGCAAUCAUGGGACGGCUUGAGUGAGCCCAAGCAAUCCAAGGAGCCUACUGUCUAAGGGAGAUCUCUGUAGCUUUUAACAAUUUAUUUUUCUCCACUUCAAUUCUGUAAAGUUGGCAUCAACAAUCGUGUGUAGUUCCUUCGAUGUAAUUUUGAUAACUUGAUCCUGCUUCACGUUAUGCUGCCUUGUCAUUUUUCUUUUUCUUUUAUUUUGAUCAUUUUUUCCCUUUUGUUUUCAUUUUUCAUGUAUAGUAUUAAUUAUUAAGGUAUUUCGGUUGAGAAAAUUUUGAAGUUUUG